CUUUCAUCGCUCAUUUGCCUUUGACACUGAGGCGCCUCUCAUUCAGACGCCCUUCUCCAUUACAGUACAUUAACCCUUUAUUCUGCGAUACCCUUCAGACGCUCUCGACUUAGCGGCGAACCUCCGCAACACCUCAUCUACCAUGUUUGGCGCAUUUAGAAGAUGUCCGACAAUAUUGUCGAAGAGCAUCUCCAGGGUCGCUGUUUCUUCAAACAUCCUUCGCACUCCUCUCACACGCACAUCGGCCGUUCUCAGGAUACCGUCCACACGCAUCAGUAAUGUCUGCGUCGCCGGUUUCCACAGCAGCGCAAAGUGGCAACAGGUUGUGCAAGAGGUCGAGGCGGAGCAGGCGAUUGCUGAGGAGGGCCCUGCUACGACCUUCUCAGAGCUCGCUACCCGUGGACUUGUGCAUCCCAAUCUCAUCAACACCAUUACCAAGAAGAUGAAGAUUGAGACCAUGACCGAUGUCCAGCAGAGGACCAUCAACGAGGCGCUCAGCGGCGUCGACAUCAUCGCACAGGCUAAGACCGGUACCGGUAAAACACUCGGUUUUCUCGUCCCCGUCAUUCAGCGCAUCAUCACACGCGACCCCAAGCUCGGCGAGAAGAUCCGCGGCUACAAGCGGGCCAAGUCCGACGACAUCAGGGCUAUCAUCAUCUCUCCCACCCGCGAGCUCGCGGAGCAGAUCGCCGUCGAGGCGAAGAAGAUUACUGAGAGCACGGGCCUUAUCGUCCAGGCGGCCGUUGGAGGAACAAUGAAGCGCCAAAUGCUCCAGAAGACCCAGCGCGAGGGCUGCCACAUUCUCAUUGGUACUCCUGGACGUCUCUUCGAUAUUCUCUCAGACCCAUACUCCGGUGUCAAGGCACCUGCUCUGAACGCUCUUGUCAUGGACGAGGCUGAUCGCCUGCUCGACGAUGGUUUCACCAAAGAGAUUGACGAAAUUAAGCAGCACUUGCCUGACCCACAAGAGGUCGAGCGCCAGAACCUCAUGUUCUCCGCCACCGUUCCCCGCGAUGUCGUCGAUCUCGUCCGCCGCACUCUUCGCCCCGGCUUCCACUUCGCCAAGUGCGUCAGCGAGGAUGAGGAGCCCACACACGCCCGUGUUCCUCAGAAGCAGGUCUCCCUUGCCGGUUUCGAGAACAUUAUUCCUUCUCUCUAUGAGCUCUUCCUUAAGGAGUCGCAGGAGGCCAUGGUUAGCGGUGAGCGCCCCUUCAAGGCCAUUGUCUACUUCAACUCCACUGCCGAAGUCACACUUGCCGCAUCCGUCUUCUACAAGCUCGGUGGUGGUUUCAAGAAGAAGACUCCUCUGUCUGGCAUCCGCAACUUCGAGAUUCACUCCAAGCUCUCCCAGGCCCAGCGUACCCGCGCCGCUGACGACUUCCGCACAUGCAAGUCUGGUAUCCUCUUCUCGUCCGACGUCACAGCCCGUGGAAUGGAUUUCCCCAAUGUCACCCACGUCAUCCAGAUCGGUCUGCCCCGCGACCGCGAGUCCUACAUCCACCGUCUCGGUCGUACCGGUCGUGCCGGUAAGGAGGGUGAGGGCUGGUUGUUUGUCACACCUUUCGAGAACGGCGAGAUUCGCCGCCGUCUCCGUGGUCUGCCUCUAAAGGAGGCCACAUCCGACCUUGAGGCCGCUCAGAUCGAUAUGAGCCAAUCCGCAGAGGUCCCUGAGAACAUCGGCCAGAUCCUCCAGGACUGCGUCGAGGCGCAUAAGAAGGUGUACCCUGAUCAGCUUGAUGCUGCGUUCCGUGGUCUCUUCGGUAGCUUCCAAUGGUACGGCGAUAAGCAGGGUCUGCUUGAUGGCGCGAACAGGCUUGCUGAGUUCGGUUGGGGUAUGCCCACUCCUCCCCAGCCUCCUGCGUCUCUGUUUUCUGGCGGCCGUGGUCGUGGUGGCGGUGGUCGCUCUAGUGGCGGGGGUCGCUCUGGUGGCUUCGGCGGCUCUCGCGACGGCGGCUCUCGCGAAGGUGGCCGCUCCGGCGGUGGUUUCGGCGGCCGUGAUGGUGGUCGUGGAGGCUUCGGCGGCAGCGACAGGCGAGGUGGUGACCGUGGCGGCUUUAGUGGCCGUGAUGGUGGCCGUGAUGGCGGUCGUGGAGGAGGUUUCGGCGGUGACCGAAGGGGAGGAGACCGUGGCUUUGGUGGCCGUGGUGGUGACCGCGGUGGUGACCGCGGCGGCGACCGCGGCGGCGAGAGGAGAGCGCCUCGCCAGGAAUUUGACUUCUAGGCCUUUCAACGUUCGGGAGGGGGCCAGACUGUGAGUUGACAGCCGAUGUUUGUAUACUACUUCGCUUCUCCGAGGCGAACCAACGCCUUGAUGGGCGGCACUUUACUUCACGAAGCGCCACGCACUUCACUGUACCAUAUGUAUACCCGUGGGCUGUCUUGAUAGAAUGGGGGGAUCUGGGUUUAGCAUUGGGCGGCGUUCAGGCAUUGUGAGCGACAAAAGCUUCUUCGACAUCUCCAUUCACCUUCGGAGUUAGAAUCAACCAUGUGGUAGGAUGUAAUGUACGAUGAUAUGUGUAUUGACUACUCAAGUUUCCCGA